CAGACAGACCUGGUAGUAAUCGGUACAUACAUGAUUGCAUAAAUUUUUCUUGUGACAAGUUGCGAUUAGAAUAAUAGUUUGUUUUGCCUUUAAUAGAGUACAUAUUAUAAAGCUAAAUAUUUGGUUUUAUUUUUAUCUAAACCGGUUCAGGGACAUCACGAUGAGCGACGUAAAAGCCAAUUUGCCGCAGACAUUUAGCCAAAAAGCGGCUGAAUGCGUACCUCGUUACGUCGGGCAUUCAAUCGGGGGAAGUGUAUUCUUUCUUGCAUAUGCAAUGGCAAACACUGGAAUCGUGACAUUCAGCGUUGUCAUAGCAAUGGAAGCAUAUUUUACUGGCUGUUCUCUUCUUCACAUACAAGAGAUGGUGCAGGGACAGAAUCAUGGAGAAGAACGCAUAAAUUACUUUCUUGCCAUUGAAAAGCAUUUGUGCAAGAAAACACGUCAAUUUAUCAGAUUCUUGUUUCUCAUUGACGUGAUCAACUGCACCGCUUUCUACUACAAAAUUUGCCAAUCAUUAUUUGAGUCUCUUGUGUUUGAAAACCAUGUUCAAGUUAAAUACAGAACUGGAACAACAAUUAUUGCCUGUACUCUGACCACAGUAUUUCUCAUCGGAAUGGAAUAUGGUCAAAAAUAUUGGCUGAAGUCUCACAGAUCUUCACAGGUAAUAAUGUAUCUUAAUGUAUUGUAA